UACUUUGUCGCCCGCCAUGUCGCCUACGCCAUCGAUAGUUCUUCAUCCCUCAUCGGGCGCUUCGUCAACGCAGGAGCUACACAAGUCAAAGCAAGAUCCUGCGGAAGCAUAUCGCUACCGCUACGCGCAAUAUCUCGCAGCCACCUUCAGCAUGUCCAUACAAGCUGCGUUGGCUGAGGCUGAUAGCCAAUUGGCUCCUCGUCGCUCAUCGAGUCUGUCCGAGGCUGAGUCGUUCAGGUCGAUUUGAGGCCGAGUUGGCGGAUUGGAGGAGUUUACGAUCUUAUGAAUAUACUUGGGAAUGGUAAUCAGCAUGGAUAUGGGGUUCGCGGCGCAUACUUGUCGUUGACAGAAUCAAAAAGUUCUUGUUCUUUUCCACUCUUUCUCGUGAUGCCGAAGCAAGAUGCCUUUGCUGAUGCUCUUCAGCCAUCAUUGCCUGAUGCUAUUGAGCCACGGGAUCUGCAUAAAAAAUUGCAUCUCAACAAUUCCAAUUGUUGGAUUGUGGUGAAAGCUGAUCUGAGC